UAACAUUUUAUCAUGUUUUGCCAAGUCAAUUUCAGCAACAUAAAGUCAAUUAUUACUAGAUGAAUUGUUACUGAAAUUUUGUGGUUAGCUUAAAAUUCAAUUGUUACUGUAAUUGUUUAAUACAAUGUUAAUUUUCUUAGGUAACUUCAGUAGCUAGAUUGUGUUAGACCUAGCAAUUAUCAUGUUCCGCCGCUGGGGUAACUCUCAACACGAUCAGGACACCGAUGAGCAGGAACAUGACAACAAGGUCAACGAGCUUAAAACUGCCCUGGGGCCACUUUCUGGACGCAGCUUGCAGUACUGCACUGAUGCUUGCUUGAAGAGAUAUUUAGUAGCCAGGAACUGGAAUGUAGAGAAGUCAAAAAAGAUGUUGGAAGAGACGCUGAGAUGGAGAUCAACAUAUAAACCUGAAGAGAUCCGUUGGCAUGAAGUUGCAGUUGAAGGUGAAACUGGGAAGAUUUACAGAGCUAAUUUCCACGAUCGUCAUGGGAGGACUGUUCUUAUACUGAGACCAGGGAUGCAGAAUACAUCAUCACUCGAUAACCAGAUGAGACACUUGGUGUAUCUUAUAGAAAAUGCCAUUCUUAAUCUUCCGGAAGGUCAAGAACAGAUGGCGUGGUUAAUUGAUUUUACAGGAUGGUCUUUAAGCAACAAUGUCCCUAUCAAAUCUGCUCGAGAAACUAUCAAUAUAUUGCAAAACCAUUACCCUGAGAGACUAGCCAUUGCGUUUUUGUACAGCCCCCCACGCAUAUUCGAAGCAUUCUGGAAGGUUGUGAGGUACUUUUUGGAUCCCAAAACCUUCCAGAAGGUGAAAUUCGUGUACCCGAAGAAUAAGGACAGUGUGGAGCUGAUGAGUUCCUAUUUUGAUUCUGAUAAUCUCCCAACUGAGUUCGGGGGGAAAGCCACGCUGCAGUAUGAUCACGAGGAGUUCUCGAGGCAAAUGGUACAGGAUGAUGUGAAAGCUGCUAAGUUAUGGGGUCUGGAUGAGCACCAAGCUAAUGACCGUGGAGGAGCCGAGGUGGCUCCAGAGCCCGAGUACCUUGCUUCAUGAGACAGCUGAAUUCUGUCACCGAUGAAAUAGCGAGACAACCUAAUUUAUCAGCGAGCUAGUUCAACCAGAAGCUAUAGUCACAUUUUACGAGAUCAACUCGUUUUAUUGUCGAACUGUUGCAUCUUGUUAUUCAUGAAAAUGAAAAUGGAAGUUUUUAUUGAUUAAUGUUCACAAUUGACAAUCAUCUAUCUUACAUUGUACAUCUAUCUAAAUUUCAUUGAUGAAAUGGAUCAUAGGUUCUCUUGCUGCA